AUGGCUUCAUUACCUGAUCCUCUUGCCACUGCUAGCGGCCCCAUCUCAGCCUAUAUGAGCGGCCAUGAGAGCGCCAAUUUGGCUUAUGUCAAGUAUUUCGCAAAGAAAGAAGACGCUGUCAGCGCUACAUUUAAGAGUCUCAAUUCGCAAGGCUUCCUUGUCGCUUACAAAAAGGCGGAUGGUUCAGAGCACGAGGCAUUCAUUGAAUACAAUGCUCCUGUCUCGAAACGCGAAGAUUUAAGACCUGUAUUAGAAGCCAUGGCAAAGGAAGCUGAAUCAGCUUUGGGCAUGCCUAGUUCACUUGACAGACCUCCACCUUUUCACGCAUUGAUGAAGGCAGCCGAGAUUGAAGAUGCUCAAAAGGCAGAAAUUGGUAAGCUCCAAGAGGAUAAGGAUGCCGAAGCUUCGGCAGCCAUUGCUUCAGCAGCCGUUGGCGAUAUAUUUGGUUCAAGCCCCUCCUCGGUGCCAUUAGAUGUAUUUUAUCCAGCAGAUAGAUUUUGGCAGUUUGCUAUCGCUGUUGGCAUGGGAACCACCGCAUUGCUGGGCUAUGCUUCUGAUGAGUUUUUGGCACGACUUUUGUCAUCCCCUGUUGUAUCUUUCCGCAACUAUCUCACGCCUGAAUUGAUUCAAUCUAUAUUCAAGUGGGCAUCGAUUACACAUGCAGCAGAAGGUGUCAGCGCUUUGCUUAUUUGCUUAAAGAGAGGCUGGUACAGCCCUGAAAACACGCUCAAAUGGACAGUCAGCACUACCUUGUAUGGUGUAGCAUCCAUGUCAAAAUUGCUAGGCCAUGGAAAGAAGGUAAAAAGAGCAACAAAGAAGGUGAAUUAA